AUGCCUUCCUCAGAGAAUCUGAAUGUCUGGUAUGGUGUUAUUUUCGUGCAUCAAGGAUUAUACCAAUCAGGUGUAUUUAAAUUCAGAGUAGCCAUACCUGAAAGCUAUCCUGAAUAUUCCCCUUCUGUGACAUUUAUGAGUGAUAUGUUUCAUCCUUUGAUUGAUGGAGGUGGCAAUCUCUCUAUUUCUCAACAAUUCCCUACAUGGCGACCUUAUGAAGACUAUAUUUUUCAUGUAUUGCAUUAUAUCAAAAACAUUUUUAAAAAAGCAGUCUUGGAUCGAUUGUUGGAUCGCUAUUGUCCUAACAAAGAAGCCUAUCGAUUAUACCGAACAGAUAAAUCAGUGUUUGCUAAAUUAGCACAACAGUGUGCUCAAUUAUCAAUUACAGAAUCUUAUCUAUUUGAUCAUUUUCCUGAUGAUAAUAUGAUUCGAUUUUCACCCAUGAGUGAAUCAAGACUGGGUAUGUCUUAUUAUGAAAUGGCAUGA